AUGUCGACGGGUGGCGACUACGGCGUCAAUCUGAUCCCUCUAAACGCGGAGCAGUUCGGCGUGCCCCUGGGCGGGGAGCAGCGUGGGCUGGGCCUGCCGGCGCCGGCGGUGGCGGUCCAGAAGCCCGCAAAGUCGGUGCUGCACGAGUUCUACCAGCAGCACCGCGGCACGCCGGUGUUCACGAUCGUGUCCAGCGCCCAGCCGCCCGCCGAGCCGUGCUUCAAGUGUUCGCUGGAGUGCCCGGGGCUGGACACGCUGUCUGGCAUCAGCUGCCCCACGCAGACCUUCGACGGGGAGGCCCGGUCCAAGCGUGCCGCCGAGCAUGCCGCCGCCAAGAAGGCCCUGGACUAUUUUAGGAGCCUGGGGCUGCUGCCCGCGGAGGUGGAGGGGUACAACAGGCAGCAGCAGCAACAGCAACAGCAGCAGCAAAUGCAGAUGCAGGCGCCCCAGGUGGUCGCGAUGAACCCGCUGCCCGUGUUCACGCCCUUCGGGAGGGGCGGGGUGUACGGCGCGGACGCGCACCAGGCGGCGAACGUGAUCCCCUUGGACCGCACCGGGGCGCCCUUACAGCUCAUGGUGGGCGUGGGGCCGGACGGGCAGUUGAUCGCAGGGGGUGGCGGUAUUCAAGAAGUGGAGGCUCUAACUGCAGACCUGGAGGGCAUCACGCUGCAGGAGUUGAAGGAGAGGUACAAACUGGUGGUCCAGGAGAACAGCAGUCUUCGGCAAGAACUGAGUGAAGUAUCACAAACACUGAGCGACGUAUUACAAAGGGUACAGAUUCGCCUGCAGAGCUCCGCAGUGCCUGCACAGCAGGGAAAGUAUCAGUAG